AUGGCUCCAAUGUUGUUUCGACUACUGACCACGCUUUUACUCCCCCUUCCUCUUACAUGGGGUGGAGGCAACAUCUACAAAUUGUACCAGAAUUACAUUUUAGCCAAAAAGAUUGGUGUACCCAUUGUUGUUCUUCCACUGAGUCCCCAAAAUCCAAUAUGGAUGCUACUUGCAGAUAUUAUCGUGCCUCUCUUCCAGAAAUCCAGCAUCACUCGUUCAUGGCCAUUAAUCAGAUUUGGUCGAAGAGCAUGGGAAUUCAAAGAUAAAGCACAGAUUCAUUUGGAAAUCGGGGAUGUCUUCAUCAUGGUUACUCCGGAUGAAAAUGUUUUGUAUAUUUGUGAUGCUGAUACUUUGAAUGAAGUGCUGCUGAGGCGGAACAAAUUCAAGAGGCCGAGGGAGGUUCUUGAGAUGUUGAAUGUGUUUGGACCGAAUAUCUCUACGGUAGCAGACGAAGACUGGCCUCGCCAUAAAAAAGCUACAGGUCCACCUUUCAGCAAUGAGCAAACCAACAGACUAGGGGUGUUGGCCUUAUGGACUACCGCUGAAGAUGCCAAAACCUUUUCGCUAAAUAUCCUCUCAAGUGCUGGAUUUGGUAAAUCAUAUCCUUUCAGACCUUUGCCAGAUCCAGAAAACGACCCGAAUCACUCAAUGAGUUACAAUGAAUCAUUAAGCUUGAUCGUUGGAAACGCGAUUCCAAUCCUGAUAAUUGGACCUAACUUCCUCUUAAAAUGGAGACGCCAUCUCCCCAAAUCAUUACAGGAGAUCGCUCAAGCUACCGUUGAAUUCCAAGCAUACAUGAAAGAGAUGGUACAAGAAGAACGAAAACUAAUCGCUACGGGCAAACAAUCUAAGCCGAAUUUGAUGACAUCUCUGAUCCGAGCGUCUCACUCCAAUUCCGAUAUCAAAUCUGAUGCUACGUAUCCCGGGAGUAAGCAACCUAGUCUAUCAGAACCCGAGAUAUUGGAAACAUGUUUGUAUUUAAUUUCGCAGGUCAUGACACGAUGUCUCCUACGCUUUGUUAUGCUCUUAAUUUCCUUGCUGCUCAUACCUACUGUGCAGGAUUGGAUUUCCGAAGAAGUGAAUGCGGUGUUUUUGGAUUCGGAUGCUUCUACUUGGGACUAUGAAGACUCUUUUCCUAAACUGAAACGAUGCAUGGCUGUAAUGAGACACUCCGUCUUUACCACCCUCUUGUUACAUUUACAAGAUCAACAGGAAAUCUUCCAAAAACCAUCACAUAUGCUUCUAAACAACUCCAUUUACCACCAAACACAAUGAUCCUGCCAAAUCUCCUCGGUGUACCAUCCCAUCCUCGUUACUGGGGAUCCGAUCGACUUCUCUGGCGUCCUUCUCGUUGGAUUAUAUCAUUCUCAAAUCAAAAUGAUGAAUCGACAGAAGAACUCUGGAAACCGCCUAAAGGUUCAUAUAAGCCAUGGUCCGAAGGGCCUCAAGGAUGUCCUGACAAGAAAUUUGGUCAGGUAGAAUUUGUGGCCGCAAUGGCGGGAUUAUUUCAUAGGACCAGAGUAGAGAUUGUGAAAGAGGCUGGAGAGAAUCAGGAAGAAGCCGAGAAAAGAGUCAAGGCGUUGGUGGAUGAUAGUGCCAUGGUACUUUUGUUACAGAUGAUGAAGCCCGAGAGGGCUGGUUUGAGAUGGGUUAGAAAGGGAUGA